AUGGCAGGUAACAAGGUGAAUACCAAAACAAAAGCUAAAGAAGAUAAGAAUAAAGCUAGUUCUAAGAGUAUUGGUCAAAGUAGUGAAGAAACUGAAGAAACAGACUUUGCUUUGCUUAGAAAACCUAUACCUACUAGUAUAACAGGGUUUGGCCAAGCUAGGAAGAUUUUUGACUUGGCUACUGAAGAACUCAAAGACUUAUUAUCAAAUGAGUGUGAUUUACUAUAUGAAUGCAAAGUUUGUCGAAAUAUAUUUAGGAGCUUAGCAAAUUUCAUAUCUCAUAAACGGGUUUAUUGUAAAGAGAAGUUUAGUUCUUCGUUGCAUAGCCAUUUUAUCAAUGCUACUUCAACGUAUACUGAACUGUUGAAAAUAAAACAUUUGGAGCAAGGGUAUCAGGCAUCUUUGAAGGAGAAUGUUGAAAAUGAUAAGGAAACUGAUGAUGCAGAUGACAGAGUGCCAUUAACUAAGGAUUUGACAGCAAUAGUGGAAAAAAUUGCCAAAAACAAAGGAGUAUAUCAAAAUAAUAAUGAGGAACCGGAAAUUGCAUUGCAAAAGAUACCAAAUAGUUCUGUUGCUGUUUUCCAAAGUGUUCAGUCUUCCGAGGAUAUUCAGAAUGAAAAUAUGAAAGCGCAAGUCAAUGAACUAGACAGUAUCCUGUCAAGGGACAUUGCUGUCCUGCAAAGCGAUGGCAACUUCAAAGUAAAGAGUUCAGUGUCUGAAGAAUCUGAUAAUGUCAUACAAAUAAGCGAUGAUGAAGACAACUAUGAUGAUACUAAUAUACUUAAAUGUAAAAUCUGUGACAUGCAGUUCUCCACUCAAAAGACUUUGAAGUUCCAUAUGAAGUACAAACAUGUUGAAACACGUCUCGUGUAUCCAUGCCCUGACUGCCUGGAAAUUUUUUCCACAUCCUGGAGUGUCUACAGACAUCUCUUCAAGGUUCAUAGAAAAACUGCUGCACAAAUCCGAAGGCUGAGGGAAUCGAUACAAGCGAAAGCUUUCAAAAUGAACAAUCCACCAGCUUUCUAUGAAAAGCGUAAGAAUAAUAUGAAGUCGGUUACUGCUCAGAAAAUUUCUGAAGAGGAAAGAUUGGAACAAGAGAAUCAGGCGUGGAUGGACAACCUGGAGUGCGACGGGUCCGCGCCGCGCUGCGGCGGGUGCGGGCGCACGUUCGAGCGCCGCGCCGCGCUCGCCGCGCACACACACACCUGCCAGCCGCGCUCGCGGGCCCUCGCGCGCCGCCCGCACGAGACCAAGAAGAUCGAGAUACAGAUCCGCAAGGACUACCACAAGGGACCCUCUGUUCAUUUGAACCUGCCCAUCAAAAUUACUGAUGCUAACGAAAACAAAACCACCAAGGACGAGCAGCAAGCCUUACCAAAACCUAAAGAUGAAGAAAAACAAAUUGUGAUCGAAGACAAAGAAGCUGAUGAAGACAAGGAUGAAGAUGAUGAUAAUAAGGAGGUAGAAGAUGCGGCAAUGGACGUUAGUGACGAUGAUAGCAAAUCCAACGAUGCCCCAGAAUCUCCAGAUAAAGUGCCUGAAAAACGACAAAUAGAUCCACCGAAACUUAAUAUCAGAUUGCCUUACGCUCAUCAAGCAGAAAAAGGCAACCUAGCAGCUUUCAGACAAAGAAUUCAAUCAGAGAUAGAAAUAACCAAAAUGUUAUGUAAAAGAUGUGACGCCCAAUUUGGUGAAACACAAGAACUGUACGAUCAUGUGGCGGAACACGUCAAAUGGAUGCGAUAUGCUUGCAAGCUGUGUAACUUCAAGCAUUAUUACUUUGAAAAGUUACCUGAACACGUAAAAGUUGUUCAUAAACUGAAAGGUGAUAAAGAUUUUUACUACAGUACUGUGAAAGCCAUUGAUGGUCCUGAAGCUUUAGAACUGUGCGAGUCGACGGACGAACUGCCUGAUGCUGCUGAAACAAGUCCAGAGUCGAGACGGCCUAGCCGAUGCUCCAGCGAUUCCAGUAGAUUAUCUGACGACAGUUCCUCAAGUAGCACCCGAGUAGAAGGAUUAAGUAGAAAGAGAAAAGUUUUCCACACCAAAACUAAUGCGAAAAAGAGAAAGGAAUUUGUUAGUAAACCAAUUCAAGACAAGGAUGGAGAUUCAUCCAUGGACAAAAGUAUCAAUCUAGACAACUAUUCAUCUACAACUGUCAAAAACUUUGAAGAAAAUUCUUCUGACUUGGAUGACAUUGAUGCUAAAAAGCAAUUAUCUAACGAAAACACGUCAUCGGUCGCAUCUAGAAGACCAGUUAGGAGAAGAACGAAACCUAAGAAUGCAGACUUUGAAUAUGAUUUAUCAAAUUUACUUAAAAUGGAAGCUCAAGGUUAUAGAGAUUCUAUUUCAAUGGCUACUGCCAAAUCAGGACAAACCAAGAAAAAAGUUCAAGAUGUACAAAGUAACUAUGAUAAUAUUAACAAAGAAUGCUGUGGAGCACUAAUCACAUUGUCAAAGAAGUGUGUUGAAAGAUCAGGUGCACAUAUAAAAACCGAUUUCACUACGAUUUGCCCCCAAAAAGAUAUAAGACUACCAAAUGUAUUUGUCAGACCAAUGUUACCUAAGCUUAUUUCGAGAGGAGAUAAAAUAUCUCCUAAAAAAGAAAAUAAUGAAGAUACGAAAGAAUCUCCUAGUCCAGUAAAAGAAGUGCCUGAAAAAGCUUCCACAGUUAAAAAUGUUCCUGUUGAAGAAGUUUCCAAAACUAAAGAUGAAGAGAUAAAUUCAAAGCCCGAAGUAGUUGAAACUGCAGUUGUAAGUGCAGUUUCCUCUAAAGAACAAAAUAGCAUAAAACCUAUUAUUCCUGAAAUAAUUAAACCGAAAAGUCUUCCUUCAGUUGUUCCUUUCAAGUUUCGUCGUCAGAGUCUAGAAGUUAUGAAAAAUCCUAUUAUAAACAAAAACAUUUCGGAUUUUACAAAAUCCGGAUUGAAAACUAAAAUACUAGUCAUCAAGCCAAUCAACAGAAAUAAAGAUGGGACACAAGUGUCUCCACUUAAAUUCCAAACAAUAAAACUGAAAGAUCCAAAUAAAAGGAAUUCGAGUGACGACCAAGAUCAGGUAGUCGUUGUUAAAGUUCCUAAGGUGGAAUGCGCUAUAGCUCAACCAGUUAGUAAAGUACCCAAUAAAAAUCAAGAAACAGCGUCUCCGGCGUCUUCUGAAACACCAGUAGAAACUUCAAAGCCAACAAUAACAACACCGACUGAAAAUUGUAAAUCAUUAACACCUGAAGAUGUAAAUAAUGAUACAUCUGAUACUACUGUAUCAGAUACUAAUGUAGAGAAAAACGUACCCACCGAUGUUGAAGAAUGCAUUUCAUUAGAUAAUGACACUAUGGAUUCGAAAUCUGAAGACAGACUUCUUGAGGACGAUGAUGAUGAUAUUGUAGAAGAAACUAUUGACGAAUCUGUAAUAAGUAAGGAAACAGCUACAGAAGUUAUUGACACAACUGUAUUAUAG